AUGCGCAAUAACGCCAUUGACAGCCAACGGGCGCGCCUUUUACCCGCGCUCUUCUGGAACCUUCUGUUUCCUUCAGUCGGAGUCGGGCGCUCGAAGGUUGCGCCGAGCUCUCCCCCUCAGGAACCUCCGCAAAGCCAGAGUCCUCACCAAAUCAAUGGAAGUUGCAAGAAGAAAGAGAUUUCUGUGGCACUUAAUGGAUUCCUGGAUAACUUGACUCUGAGCUCAUCUAAAGGGAGAUCUCAAUCAUGUUCAAGGAGCAGCUGUAGCAGGCGAUCUUCCUCUGUAUCUUCUAGUGAUUCAUCUUACAGUUCGACUUCAAGUAUUUCAUCUUACUCCACAAGCACAAGUAGAUCGAGGAGCAGAUCAAGAGGACAUGCUAAAAGGAUUUGUUCUCGUAGAUCCAGAGGAUACUCAAGAUCUUAUUCCAGGAGUUACUUACGAUCACACGAUUACAGAUACCGGGAAAGAUCCCAUCUUAGAUAUUACAGAAGACAUCCUCACUCAUGUCCAAUAUAUAAAUCAUGGAGCAGACCUCCUAUUAGAUCAUACUAUCACAGGUCUUACUCCAGAAGUAGAUCAAGAAGCCAAGGAUACUAUGGGUUUGGAAUAACCGUUUGUCCUGAAGCUUAUAGAAGGUGAAGAAACUCCUGAACAAGAUCUCACAAUAGAACCCCUCUUCGCUUGACAGAAAAAGGUAUUUUUUGGGGGUUGGGGGGGAAUAUUGGGUUGUCAAGAAUAUUCCAAAAUUAUUUGGAAAAUUCUUUGUCCAGAUAUGAAAAUGGCAAUGUUUGAAGCAUCUUAGAAUGUUUAUAAUAAAUAAUGACAAAUCUUGGAAAAAGGAAUAAAUACAUCAGAUCCCUUGUAAUUGAGUUAAUGAUGUUAGAUAUCUCAGAUCUGCCUUCAAAUUACAAUGCAAUUGUUGAAUUAUUGACUGGUUUUGAAAGUCAACAUUGUAUUUAUGAAAGAGAGAACAGUGCUAAAUUAAAGAAUGUUAGUGCCUUUUAGUAAGUAUGGGGGCAGGGGUGAAACUUCUCUCUGAAUGAGAAAUUUAUGUAUUUUAAACAUUCAUUCUUUCCAUAGAAAACAGAACUACUUGAAAUAGCAAAAACUAAUGCAGCUAAAAACU